AUGUCCAAAUUCACCAUUACGGAGCAGCAAUAUAGGAAGCAUUGUAAAACAGGAUUCAAGUAUUCUUAUGGUACGGCGGGAUUCCGUUAUAAAGCCGACGUCUUGGAUACAGUCAUGUUUACCACAGGCAUCUUAGCCGCAUUGAGGUCCAUUUAUCUCGGAGGACAAACGAUAGGCGUUAUGAUUACAGCAUCACACAAUCCUCCAGAAGACAAUGGUGUCAAAAUUAUCGAUCCAAAGGGUGAAAUGUUGGCCCAGUCAUGGGAAGCUUUCGCCACAGAUUUGGCCAACGCUGCUUCUCAAGGGUAUGAAGAAUUGGUACGUGCUACUACUAAGCUAGUUUCCCAGCUGCAGCUUGACGUAUGCGAUUCGGGAAAUAUUUCUGUGGCGAGAGAUUCUAGAGAAUCAGGUCCUAGACUAUUGCAGGCGUUGAUUGACGGCAUCAAUAUUUUUAAAGAAGUUAGCAUAGUUGACUAUGGAUUACUGACUACUCCUCAAUUGCAUUUUUUGACCUGGAAAUCAAAUGAACAAAAGGAUAGGAAAUGGGUGGAGUUGGACUACUAUGAGGAGUUUUUAUCUUCGUGGUUUGAAAUUGCUACCCUAUCUGGUGUUAAAUCUCUACCGUUCAGCGUUCAAAUUGACGCAGCGAAUGGAAUUGGUGCUUCCAAAAUUCAAGAAAUGCUAUUGAAUAUUGACUUCUUCAGAAGUAAAAUAACACUUGUCAAUAGCAAUUGGCAAAAUUCGCAAUUACUGAACUUUUCAUGCGGUGCAGAUUACGUGAAAACCAAUCAACGUUUGCCAAAUGGUGUACAGCUGAACCCCAAGGAUAAUUGUGUUUGUUGCUCGUUCGACGGCGAUGCUGAUAGGGUUGUCUUUUAUUAUGUCGAUCAGCAGGGAGUUUUCCACUUACUAGAUGGCGAUAAAAUAUCUUCCCUCUUGGGUAAAUUCUUCCAAAAGCUACUCUCAGAUGCGUACCUGGAAAACGACGUCAAAUUAGGCAUAGUGCAGACCGCGUACGCGAAUGGUAGCUCUACGCGCUAUUUGCAAGAAACUUUAAAGAUUCCAGUCUCCUGCACCUCAACCGGCGUUAAGCACCUCCAUCAUGAAGCAAUCAAUAGCUACGACAUCGGUAUCUACUUCGAAGCCAAUGGGCAUGGAACAGUGAUCUUUUCGGACAUUUUAGUAGAAAAAAUCGACAAGAGAAUUCAAGAAAAGAAUUUAGCUGAUUCUGAAGCUAGAUCUCUGCGACUCUUGAAAGCUUUCACUAAGUUAAUUAAUCAGACGGUGGGUGACGCCAUUUCUGACAUGCUUACGGUUCUUGCAAUCCUUUGUAUCAUGAAGUGGGGACCAUCUGAUUGGGAUCACGAAUAUAUUGAUCUACCUAAUAAGCUAGUAAAGGUUGUAGUUCCGGACAGAACCUUGUUCACUACUACAAAUGCUGAGAGACAACUGGUUACUCCUGAAGGAUUGCAAUCGAAAAUUGACUCUACGGUUGCUAAGUAUGACUUAGGAAGGUCAUUUGUAAGAGCAAGUGGUACGGAGGAUGCCGUCAGGGUAUAUGCGGAAGCUGCUACGAGACAACAUGCGGAAUCGCUAGCCAAGGAAAUAACCGCUCUUCUAAAAUCUUGA